GCUCCGGCGCAAGAAGGAAGCGUUCGCUGUGGUCCCGGCGGCUGCGCUGGGGUAUGCGGUACCGGCUAACGUGGCUGCUGCACUCCGCGCUGUCCAGCACCUUCCGCUCGGUCCUCGGCGCCCGCCUGCCCCCUCCGGAGCGCCUCUUUAUUGAAGCUGAAUCAGGUUGCCACGACCUAUUAUAUCCUACGCAGAAGUGGAAGUUGUCAGUAGAUUCUUGGGAUUUUCUAUGUGCCCAGCGAUGUCACCUUUUCCAAAAAAAGACUUACAGCAAAAUGAAUAAUCCAGCUAUCAAGAGAGUAGGAAAUCAUAUCAUCAAAUCUCCUGAAGACAAGCGAGAAUACCGUGGACUAGAGCUGGCCAAUGGGAUCAAAGUACUUCUCAUCAGUGAUCCCACAACAGAUAAAUCAUCAGCAGCACUUGAUGUACACAUAGGUUCCUUGUCGGAUCCUGCAAAUAUUGCUGGCUUAAGUCAUUUUUGUGAACAUAUGCUAUUUUUAGGAACAAAGAAAUACCCUAAAGAAAAUGAAUACAGCCAGUUUCUCAGUGAGCAUGCAGGAAGUUCAAAUGCCUUUACUAGUGGAGAGCAUACCAAUUACUAUUUUGAUGUUUCUCAUGAACACCUAGAAGGUGCCCUAGACAGGUUUGCACAGUUUUUCCUGUGCCCCUUGUUUGAUGAGAGUUGCAAAGACAGAGAGGUAAAUGCAGUUGAUUCAGAACAUGAGAAGAAUGUGAUGAACGAUGCUUGGAGACUCUUUCAGUUGGAAAAAGCUACAGGGAAUCCCAAACACCCCUUCAGCAAAUUUGGAACAGGUAACAAAUAUACUCUAGAGACUAGACCAAACCAAGAAGGCAUUGAUGUAAGACAAGAGCUACUGAAAUUCCAUUCUACUUAUUAUUCAUCCAACUUAAUGGCUAUUUGUGUUUUAGGUCGAGAAUCUUUAGAUGACUUGACUGAUUUGGUGGUGAAGUUAUUUUCUGAAGUGGAGAACAAAAAUGUCCCAUUGCCAGAAUUUCCUGAACAUCCUUUCCAAGAAGAACAUCUUAAACAACUUUACAAAAUAGUACCCAUUAAGGACAUUAGGAAUCUUUAUGUGACAUUUCCCAUACCUGACCUUCAGAAAUACUACAAAUCAAAUCCGGGUCAUUAUCUUGGUCAUCUCAUUGGACAUGAAGGUCCUGGGAGUCUGUUAUCAGAACUUAAAUCAAAGGGCUGGGUAAAUACUCUUGUUGGUGGGCAGAAGGAAGGAGCCCGAGGUUUUAUGUUUUUUAUCAUUAAUGUGGACUUGACUGAGGAAGGAUUAUUACAUGUUGAAGAUAUAAUUUUGCACAUGUUUCAAUACAUUCAGAAGUUACGUGCAGAAGGACCUCAAGAAUGGGUUUUCCAAGAGUGCAAGGACUUGAAUGCUGUUGCUUUUAGGUUUAAAGAUAAAGAGAGGCCACGGGGUUAUACCUCUAAGAUUGCAGGAAUAUUGCAUUACUAUCCCCUAGAAGAAGUGCUCACAGCUGAAUAUUUACUGGAAGAAUUUAGACCCGAUUUAAUAGAGAUGGUUCUCGAUAAACUCAGACCAGAAAAUGUCAGGGUUGCAAUAGUUUCCAAAUCUUUUGAAGGAAAAACUGAUUGCACAGAAGAAUGGUACGGAACCCAGUAUAAGCAAGAAGCUAUACCAGAUGAAGUCAUUAAGAAAUGGCAAAAUGCUGAUCUGAAUGGGAAAUUUAAACUUCCAACGAAGAAUGAAUUUAUUCCUACAAAUUUUGAGAUUUUAUCAUUAGAAAAAGAAGCAACACCAUACCCUUCUCUUAUUAAGGAUACAGCUAUGAGCAAACUCUGGUUCAAACAAGAUGAUAAGUUUUUCUUGCCCAAGGCCUGUCUCAACUUUGAAUUUUUCAGCCCAUUUGCUUAUGUGGACCCCUUGCACUGUAACAUGGCCUAUUUGUACCUUGAGCUCCUCAAAGACUCACUCAACGAGUAUGCAUAUGCAGCAGAGCUAGCAGGCUUGAGCUAUGACCUCCAAAAUACCAUCUAUGGGAUGUAUCUCUCGGUGAAAGGUUAUAAUGACAAGCAGCCAAUUUUGCUAAAGAAGAUCAUUGAAAAAAUGGCUACCUUUGAGAUUGAUGAAAAAAGAUUUGAAAUUAUCAAAGAGGCAUAUAUGCGAUCUCUUAACAAUUUCCGAGCUGAACAGCCUCACCAGCACGCCAUGUACUACCUCCGCUUGCUGAUGACUGAAGUGGCCUGGACUAAAGAUGAAUUGAAAGAAGCCCUGGAUGAUGUUACCCUUCCUCGCCUUAAGGCCUUCAUACCUCAGCUCCUGUCACGGCUGCACAUUGAAGCCCUUCUCCAUGGAAACAUAACAAAGCAGGCUGCAUUAGGAAUUAUGCAGAUGGUUGAAGACACCCUUAUUGAACAUGCUCAUACAAAACCUCUCCUUCCAAGUCAACUGGUUCGGUAUAGAGAAGUUCAGCUCCCUGACAGAGGAUGGUUUGUCUAUCAGCAGAGGAAUGAAGUUCACAAUAACUGUGGCAUCGAGAUAUACUACCAAACAGACAUGCAGAGCACCUCGGAGAACAUGUUUCUGGAGCUCUUCUGUCAGAUCAUCUCCGAGCCAUGCUUCAACACCCUGCGCACCAAGGAACAGCUGGGCUAUAUUGUCUUCAGUGGGCCACGCCGAGCCAAUGGCAUACAGGGCUUACGGUUCAUCAUCCAGUCGGAAAAGCCACCUCACUACCUAGAAAGCAGAGUGGAAGCUUUCUUAAUUACCAUGGAAAAGUCCAUAGAGGACAUGACAGAAGAGGCCUUCCAAAAACACAUCCAAGCAUUAGCGAUUCGUCGACUAGACAAACCAAAGAAACUGUCUGCAGAGUGUGCUAAAUACUGGGGGGAAAUCAUCUCCCAGCAAUACAAUUUUGACAGAGAUAAUACAGAAGUUGCCUAUUUAAAAACACUUACCAAGGAAGAUAUUAUCAAAUUCUAUAAGGAAAUGUUGGCGGUAGAUGCCCCGAGAAGACAUAAAGUAUCCGUCCAUGUUCUUGCCAGAGAAAUGGAUUCUUGUCCUGUGGUUGGAGAGUUCCCAUGUCAAAAUGAUAUAAAUUUGUCACAAGCACCAGCCUUGCCACAACCUGAAGUGAUUCAGAACAUGACUGAGUUCAAGCGUGGUUUGCCACUGUUUCCCCUUGUGAAACCACAUAUUAACUUCAUGGCUGCAAAACUCUGAAGAUUCCUCAUGGGCGGGAAAGUGCAAGUGGAUGCAUUCCUGAGUCUUCCAAGGGCUAGGAAAACAAUCUUGGCCACCUUAAUAUUUUCUGGUUCACUAUUAGAGAGAAAAACAGAAAAAAAAAAAAAAAGUU